AUGUGUCCACCCGGCUUACACUGGGAUAAGCGGUCGAAUCGAUGUGAUUGGGUUCAAUUUGCUAUGUGCGAAGUGAGAUGGCCUGAAAAAACCACCAAGUCUCCUUUACAAAACGUAUUUACUACACGAAAACCAACAACGAGAACAACUACAACUACAACAACCACAACAACAACACCAAGAACAACAACAAUGACAACAACAACAACAACAACGAAAAAACCAACCACAACAAGAAAACCAGUUAGAUUUACGACCACCAAAAAACCUGCCACUCAAUCCGGCCAGUAUCAAAAACCUAAGCGAUGUGAAACUGGGACCUAUCACGCUCAUUCUCGUUGUGAAAAGUUCUAUGUAUGCGUAAACGGUGCUUUGAUAGCUCAGAACUGUGCCCCUGGACUAGUGUGGAACACACAACACUCACAAUGUGACUUCCCAUCCUCGAACUCUUGCACCGACCGUAGACAAGCUACGUCGGAAGUUAAACCAUCAAUGAUGCAGCUGGUGGAAGAGAAACCAACACUGUGUGAAAAUGGUCAAUACGCUUCAGAACCGACGGAUUGUUCCCGCUACUUGCAUUGUUUAUUUGGAAAGUUUGAACAAUUUGCUUGUAGCGCAGGUUUACAUUGGAAUGAGGAAAAACAAAUUUGUGACUGGCCUAGCAAUGCUAAAUGCAAAGCAAAGAAAGUACCGCCAACAACAACAACAACCACAAGUAAACCUGUGCAAAUGGAUCCUAUACUAGAAGAUGAGUCUGAAGUAAUACAGCCGCCAUCCAAACCAAUCAUCAAUUUAGUCGAUCCUAGUUCCAGACCAGAGCUUCUGAAUACAAAAUACAAAAUGGUAUGCUACUACACCAAUUGGUCUUGGUAUAGGCCAGGUUUAGGAAAGUUUACUCCUGAGGACAUAGAUCCCAAAUUCUGCACACACAUUGUUUAUGGAUUUGCAGUCUUAGGUGACAACGGACUGAUUAAACCACACGAUCCCUGGGCUGAUACAGAAAAUGGUUUCUACGAACGAAUUGUAUCCUACAAAAAGUAUGGUGCAAAGGUAUCUAUAGCCAUAGGAGGUUGGAAGGAUUCGGUCGGAGAUAAAUAUUCAAAAUUAGUAAAUAAUGCCCAAGCUCGUAGUAGAUUUGUAAAAGACGUUGUUGAAUUUGUUGAGAAAUAUGAUUUCGACGGAUUAGAUUUGGAUUGGGAAUAUCCCAAAUGCUGGCAGGUGGAUUGUUCAUUGGGUCCUGAUUCCGAUAAGGAAGGUUUUGCUGAUUUGGUGAGAGAAUUAUCGGCUGUUUUUAAACCUAAAGGCCUUUUGUUAUCGUCAGCUGUGUCGCCCAGUAAAGUAGUUAUAGACGCCGGCUAUGACGUUCGAGUGCUAGCGCGUCAUUUGGAUUGGAUUGCAGUUAUGACCUACGACUAUCAUGGUCAGUGGGAUAAAAAAACUGGCCAUGUUGCUCCAUUGUACUAUCACCCUGAAGACGAUAAUACUUACUUUAACGCUAACUACACCAUGCAUUACUGGAUGGAAAAAGGUGCUCCAGCAUCUAAACUAGUUAUGGGUAUACCUUUGUAUGGUCAGACAUUUACGACUACUAAAGUUGACAACCGUGGAAGUCAGGCCCUUAACAUACCUGCUACAGCUGGCGGUGACGCUGGAGAGUACACGAGAGCUAAUGGAUUUUUGGCUUAUUACGAAAUAUGUGAGCGUAUCCAGAAUCGACAAUGGAAGUUAAUUAAAGAUCCAUACCAAAGAAUGGGACCUUUCGCAUACAAGGGUAAUCAAUGGGUUUCAUUUGAUGACAUUGAUAUUAUUAAGAAGAAAGUCAACUUUAUAAAAUCUCUUGGUCUUGCUGGUGGUAUGGUUUGGGCAAUAGAUCUUGAUGACUUCAAUAAUAGAUGUAAUCAAGGAAAAUAUCCACUUAUGAGUGCUAUCAAAAAUGCAUUCCUAGACCCCAAAAUAGAUUUUGAGUCCUUGGAACCAAAACCAUUGCCGGAGCCUGAAAAUACAUUGGAUGACGAUUUAGAAGAUAUAGAAGUUAUGCCUUCUUAUCCUAAGCCCAUUACAAGUAGUUCUAGGCCUAUUAGUCGCCCUGCUACACCAGCAAAACCUACAACAGUAAAACCUACAACAGUAAAACCUACUACAGUAAAACCUACAACAGCCGCUGCAAUACAAAACGAAGAAGAAGAGAAAUUUAAAAUUGUUUGCUACUAUACAAACUGGGCGUGGUACAGGCCAAGUGCAGGGAAAUACACUCCAGAUGACAUCGAUCCAUCACUCUGUACCCAUAUAGUAUACGCAUUUGCAGUACUAGAUAGCAGAAAGUUAGUGAUGAAGCCACAUGACAAUUGGCUUGAUGUGGAAAAUAAAUUUUACGAAAAGGUUGUGGCACUAAAAAGUCAAGGCGUUAAAGUGGUAUUGGGUCUGGGAGGAUGGAAUGACUCUGCGGGUGACAAGUAUUCAAGACUUGUAAAUAAUCCUUCUGCGAGAAGAAAGUUCAUUGUUCACGCAGUGGACUUUAUACAACAAUACGAAUUUGAUGGUCUAGACCUUGACUGGGAGUAUCCACGAUGCUGGCAAGUCGAAUGCGAAAAGGGUCCUAGUUCUGACAAACAAGGAUUUGCUAACCUUGUCAAAGAGUUGCGGACUGCUUUUGUUCCACGAGGUCUACUUUUAUCGUCUGCUGUGUCGGGAAGUAAACGGGUUAUUGAUCAAGCUUACGAUGUGCCAGUUUUGGCCAGGAAUUUGGACUGGAUUGCACUUAUGACUUAUGAUUAUCACGGUCAAUGGGACAAAAAGACGGGUCACGUGGCACCAAUGUAUGCUCAUGAUGGUGACGAUGACAAGACAUUCAAUGCGAACUUUACUGUAAGCUACUGGAUUUCUAAAGGUGCUCCUCGUCAAAAACUAGUCAUGGGAGUUCCCUUCUACGGACAAUCAUUUUCACUUAUGGAGAACUCUGGAAAUGGCUUAGGCGCUCCGUCUUACGCUGGUGGAGAGGCCGGAGAUGAAACCAGGGCACGCGGCUUUUUAGCCUUCUACGAGAUAUGCGAUCGUAUAAGAAAUCAAGGCUGGAAGGUAUUCCGUGAUCCAGGUGGUAGAAUGGGACCUUAUGCUACUCUUAGUGAUCAAUGGGUAUCCUUCGACGAUGACUUCAUGAUAAGACACAAAGCAGAGUACGUCCGAGCUAUGGACCUCGGAGGCACCAUGGUAUGGUCGUUGGACCUAGAUGACUUUGCUGGGAGAUAUUGUGGCUGCGGGAAUUCACCGUUAUUGAGCAACAUUAAUCAUGUUUUACGAGGUCGCGAAGCACCACCUCCCUGCUCUCUGAAAGAAAUCCAAGAUUCAUCAACACCAGUCUCUACUCCAUCAACAACAACUAUUAUUGAAGUGGAAAACGAUUCCCAAGAAGAUAGUGAUAGUGGAAGUUCCGGAACGGAUGAAAGUGAGGGUGGUGCUUUAGAAGGAAAACCUUGUUCUGGAGUAACAUUUAAAGAAGAUGAAUUAGACUGUGCCAAAUAUUACUUAUGUAUUAAUGAACAAUACAUACAGCUGACAUGUCCAUCUAAACUUGUUUGGAAUGAGAAUCAUUGUGAUUUCCCCGAAAAGUCAAACUGCAAAUCCAAAACUAGCUUAAGAUUAACAGAUGGGAACCAAAAGGCAGAAAAUGAAAAUAAGCCUGUCGUCGCAUGCUAUUUUACCAGUUGGGCUUAUUAUAGGAAAAAUAAUGGAAGCUUUGGACCAGAUCAAGUGGAGCCUCAACUUUGCACACACAUCAUAUACUCCUGGGCUCAUCUAGAUAGAGAAACUGGCUCAGUAGUAGCAGGAAAUCCCGAAUUGGAUAUAAGCAACGAUUUCUAUGGAAGAUUAUCAGAAUUUAAAUUGAAAGGAGUCAAAAUUAUCCUCGGUGUGGGUGGUAUUGACAAUUCCCUCGAUGAUAGAUGGAGUGAAAUGGCAGCCUCGCCAGAAAAAAGGAAACAUUUCGUUAAGUCAUUGUUGAAAUUUUUACAAAAAUGGGAAUUUGAUGGUGCACAGAUUGGCUGGCAGUACCCAGUUUGCAGAAGGAUGCCUUGCGCGACAAUGAAUGCAGAUGACAAGGAAAACUUUAGUAUUCUUCUAGCGGAACUGUCAAAAUCACUACGUCCCCAUAACUUGGAGCUGUCUGCAAUAGUGGCUCCAUACCGUCAAGUGGCAGAAGUAGCCUAUAACCCCACAGUUCUAUCAGCCACUCUUGACUGGAUUUCUAUCGCAGCCAAUGAUUACUAUGAAUCUGAAACAAGGAAAACUGCUUAUCUUCUUCCCCUCGUCAAAUCAGAAUACAAUGAUUUUAACAAUUUACAAGAUAUACUCAGCUUUUGGUCAAGCUUAGUACCGAUUACUCAGAUAGUGCUAGGACUUCCGUCUUAUGGACGGUCCUACGCUCUUAGAAGUGAGCUCACCAACGGCAUCAAUGCUUUCACCACCGGACCCGGUCGGCCUGGCUUUUACACUCGUAUCCCUGGGUUCCUAGCCUAUUAUGAGAUAUGCAACGAAAUAAAAUCAAAUAGAUGGAAAGAAGUUUCAAAUACCCAAGGAACAUAUGCCUACCACGGUUUGCAAUGGUCAACAUACCUGAGACCACUGGAAGCCCAGGCAAUCGGUGCAGAACUGAGACGUGCGGGGGCAAAGGGUGCGGCUCUAUGGGCUCUAGACUUAGACGACUGGCAGGGCACAUGCAACUGUCGCUGGCCUCUACUAAAUUCGCUUAGACAAGGACUUCUUGAACCAGAAUUUCAUGCAGUUUGUUCGAGCUAA